GUCCCUGGAGCAGUUGGUGAGUAAAAUAGGAGUGGAAAUAACACAAAGGAAGCAAAAAAAGUAGGCUACAAUACUCAAUGUGUUUGCCGAGUUGCUGAAUCUCUAGGAUGUCGUUCGUGGGCUAUACAACUCUGCUCUUAUGUUGGAUGUAUUGUACUGCAGAAAGAGCUUGUGAAGAACCUCCUCCUAGGAGGGUUAAAGAAGUGCCUACUGGAACAUGGGACCAACCUCCCUAUCCAGGCAAUACUCAAGUAACAUACAAAUGCCGGCCUGGAUAUAUUAAACUUGGAAGAAUCGUGUUUAAGUGCACUGACGGAGCAUGGAAGCAACAGCUCCCGUUGACAGAAUGCAAAAGUAAGCCCUGUGGACAUCCUGGAGAUACUGAGUUUGGUUUCUUUGAACUUACCAGUGGAAGUGAAUUUGUAUUUGGUGCCAGAGUUGAGUACAGAUGUAAUGAAGGAUACCGGAUGCUCAGCCAAAGAAAUUACCGUGAGUGUCAGGCAGAUGGAUGGAGCAAUGACAUCCCUCACUGUGAAGUGGCAAAGUGUUCACCCAUACAAGCACCAGAAAAUGGAAGAAUGAUUAUGCCUGGUGCAUUUGAACUAGGCCGAGAAUAUUCCUUUGGCCAGCUUGUAAAUUUUGAAUGUAAUGAAAACUACAAACUUGUUGGAUCUAAAGAAUUAAUUUGCUCUUCUGAUGGAAAAUGGAAUGCUGAUGUGCCUCAGUGCCAAGAGAUUAUGUGUACUGUGCCAAAUAUUCUGCAUGGAUAUGUACGUUCUCCAAAGGCAUCUUACAAGGAAUCUGAACUGCUACAGUUUGCCUGUGAUGAAGGAUACAGAUACGGUGAAAGACCAGAUGUACGAUGUACUGAAUCAGGAUGGAAUCCAACCCCCUAUUGCACUGAAAUUGUGUGCUUUCCUCCAAGAGUUAACAAUGGGAACUUUAUACCUCAAGAAGACAAAUACAGAGAAGGUGAUACAAUCACAGUACAGUGUAAUCCUGGAUAUCGUUUUAAAACAUUGACUGGCAAAACCACAGCUGAAUGCACCAAGUAUGGCUGGGUGCCUGAUCCAGGUUGUGUCCAGAAACCAUGUGACUACCCAGUUAUAGAAAAUGGCAGGUUAAGUGGAGCACUGGAGUAUGGAAAAGAACGUUACUUUCCAAUGAGUCUUGGGCAGUAUGCUACUUACAGGUGCAAUCCUGGUUAUUCAACCCCGAGUGGAGACCCCUGGCUUGACAUAACCUGUUCUAAAACAGGCUGGUCGCCACAGCCAAAAUGCCUCAAAAUAUGCUAUGUUGAACAUCCGGAAAAUGGUUAUUUCUUACUUAAACAAGAUCUUUAUAUAGAAGGCGAAAAACUUAAAUAUAGAUGCAUGGAUGACUUUCAUACUGAACAGGAAGAUGAAGAAGUCACAUGCACAAAGGAUGGCUGGUCACCUACUCCAACAUGUGUCCGUAAUAAAAAAUGCCAAAAUAUCCGACUUGACAAUGGUUUUUUCACCUCGGGAAGGAAAACGUUUCGUUUACAGGAAAAGAUCACCUAUACAUGUUAUACUGGCUUUGUAACUCCAGAAGGACAAGAAACAGGAGAGGUGCAGUGUCGAAAGAAUGGCUGGACUCCGCCUCCAAAGUGCAUCAGAUCAUGUAUAACACAUUUGAAGAUUUGGAAGAUUUCGAAGAUUUUGAAUUACCAUGCAAAUAAAGCUAUAUUCAUGCCUGAAGAUACAAUUGAGUAUGCAUGUUUGGAGGGAUAUCAAACUGCAAAUAAUAUGCCAACUGGUACCUCAAGGUGUGGCAUAAAUGGUGAAUGGAGUCCAGCACCCCAGUGUCUUGCAAUAGAAUGUGACAGGCUGACAUUGCCCUAUGGACAUUUUCAUCCCAGGAAAGGUAAAUACUGCAAUGGAGAUGUUGUGAAAUUUACCUGUGCAAACAAUUACGUAAGAGUGGGACCUGCCUCUACUCAGUGCUAUUACUUUGGAUGGUUUCCAUCAGCACCAGAGUGUAAAGUGAAGGCCAGAGACUGUGGACCUCCACCUGAGAUUACCAAUGGAAUUAUUGCUGAUGGCUCUGGGGAACAUUAUCGGCAUGGGGACAGAAAGCAAUAUGAAUGCAACACCAAAUUUAAAUUGGUUGGAUCGAAGGAAAUAGAAUGUGUUGAUGGACAAUGGUCAUCUCCUCCCUCUUGCAUUGAAGACGAAAUGCCAUGUGGAUCACCUUCCUCUAUUCCAAAUGUUGUUCUUCAUCAGGAAGACCAGACACAGUUUUUGCACGGGGCUGAAGUAAUUUGUGGAUGUAAACAAGCCUCUGGCAGUUCUAAGAAAAUGACAAUAACAUGUCUUAAUGGGGAAUGGAAGCCUUUGCCUCUUUGUGCUGAUCCAUAUCCUCAGUGUGUAGUUCCAACGCAUGUGGAGCUUGUGCGCAAUGGAAACGGUCCGCCUUUCAGGCCAAAACAGGAGACUAGGUUCCAUAGAUUUAUAAAUUAUACAUGUACAUCAGCUGACAAAAGUUUUAAACAGGCAACGUGUGUGUCUGGAAAAUGGUUACCAGAAAUUGAAUGUACAGAUGAGGAUAGUACCUGCCCACCUCCACCUCAGGUGCCUCAUGCUCAACAGAUAACAGCUGGAAGAAAUUACAAGAAUGGGAGUAAAAUAACUUUUUCAUGUCAGAAGAAUUUCCAGCUCAUUGGUGAAAAUGAGAUAAUGUGUAUAGAAGGAAAAUGGCAGUCACCACCUUACUGCGUGGAAAGACCCUGUUUGCCACCACAACCCAUAGAAUGUGCUGACAUUCCCGUGCUGGAAAACCCAAACUUAAAAAUUCAAAAAGAAGGGGAAACAAUUUAUCUGGCUGGUGCUAGAUUUAAGUAUGUUUCUCGUUCUGGAUAUAUGUUAGCUGGACCAUCAGAGAUAAUUUGUUCUAUGGGAAACUGGACUUCAGCUCCUACAUGCUUGGAAAUGUCAUGUGGAAGUUUUCCAAAAGUUGCCGAUGCUCAAGUUGAAGGCAGAGACAAGAAAACUUAUGAGCCUGGUGAAACAAUUCGCUACCAGUGUGAUGUAGGGUUCCUGCUUGUUGGUCCCCCUGAAAUUAUUUGCAGAGAAGGAAAUUGGACAGCACCACCCUUCUGUGAUGAUGUUAGCUGUGGAGCUGCACCUGAAAUUCCCAAUGCUUAUAUUACAAGUCCUCAGCAGGAGAGGUAUCUUCCUGGCGACAGAGUGCAUUAUGAAUGUACAAGCGAUCUUCAAAUGAUGGGUGAAAAUUAUGUCACUUGUAUAGAGAGAGAAUGGUCACAAGCACCAACCUGUGGAGCUGUGACAUGCGGACCUCCUCCAGAAAUUGCUGGUGGUAAAGUUGACGGUGUUAAAAAGUCAACGUAUAUGCCUGGAGAGAGUGCUAGCUAUAAGUGCUGGCAAGGUUUUCAGAUGACUGGGGCUUCCACUGUAGCAUGUCAGAAUGGGAACUGGACAGAGCUGCCAAUGUGCAAAGGUAGAAGUAGGAAAUGUGGACCACCUCCAGUUAUUGAAAAUGGAGACCUUUGUUCCUUCCCCAGGAACGAAUAUUCACAUGGUGAAAGAGUGGAAUACAAAUGCCCAAAUAUGUAUGUCAUGAAAGGAUCUCACUAUAUCACGUGUACUAACGGACAGUGGACAAGCCCCCCAGUUUGCCUGGUGGCCUGUACUGCAUCUGAAGAAGACAUGGCCAGAAACAAUAUUAAGCUGAGAUGGCUUGAAAGACGAAAGCUGUAUUCCACAUCGGGUGACUACAUUGAAUUUCAGUGUAGAAGAGGAUAUUCGGAGGACCCAGCGUCCUCCCCCUUCAGGGUGCAAUGUAUAGAGGGGAGAUUAGAAUAUCCACGGUGCAAGCCAAGAGCUGGAGGCAUAUAUGGAUAAAUGGAAAUGGCAUGAAGGAGCCCAGCUCUGGAAAUGAAAGAUCCCUCGACUGACCCAGUGAUUUCAGCUCAACUUCCCUGGCUUUUCCUGUUUCACUGUGCUUUGUUAGCCAAUGUUCUGUCUUGAAGUUUGUAGUUUUUUUCUUUUUAUUAUUGAAUGAUUUUAUUUACAUUUUAUCCACAUUUUAUCCAUUUUUGUAAAUGUAUUUACAUUUUGUAAAUGUGUUUACAUUUUAUCCAUCCAAAUGCUCAUGCUUACAUUUUAUCCAUUCUAUAUUGAUCUCACUGUUAUUUUUAUUACCGAUUGUGUCCUUAAAUAGGCUGGCUUUGGUGGCAUACUGAGACAAGAAUUAAAGCCCACAGGUAAUUUGAUUAUCAGCAA